AACUAGAAAUUAGCAGUCAUCGCUGCCCCACUCAGACGAUGCAUACAGGCUAAGAGGUGGAGGGCUUGUGAACCUGAGAUACAUGCUGACAACAUGGGUGUCCGGUAUUGCAAUGAAUUUAGAAGAGAUUGCAAAAUUUCUCAGUAGUUCCUGCAGCUUUUGUGUUGGGGUAAAGCAUCUGUGUGGUUUACUUUACCUAACUGCACAUUUGAAUCCUCCAAAAUCCCUCUCAAAAAAAAUUUUCACAAAUUCCGUUUUGUAGAAAAUUUCAUUAAAUGAAUUAUAUGUCGAUGAAUGAUAGUGCUGAGAAUUGCACUGUAAAGAUUAGGGACUAUGUAUAAAACUUCCUAGAAGUCUUCGGUGAAUUCAGUGAGGUUGAACAACAGCAUGGAAAUAGGAAAAUGAAAACUCUUAAACUUCAAAGAAUUGUUGUAAAACCUCCCUUGAAGAAUUGGUUUUUAUUAGUUAAAAUAGAAUUUGCUGAUAAAAAUGACACCAUCAAUGCAGCAAACUUCAAAUCUCUGCUCCUCAAGGCUAUGAGAUCACUACAUGGUGAAAUUGCAGCUUCUGCAAAUAUCUUUAUUCGGAAAUUUGAUGAGCAAAAACUUGAAACUAUUCUUAUGGUGCCGCACUCGCAUCUACUUCAUCUCUGGACUAGUAUAAUUACAACAUCUAAUUUAUGUGAUAAAGCUUGUACACUCCAUGUUCUUCAGGUCUCACAACAUUUGAUGGCAAUUGGAAACUCAAGUCGACAGCUUAGUUACCCAACAUAAAUAAAAAAUCACAUGUAACCUGUUCCAAGAAAGUUUAAAGACUCGUUGUUACUUUCUUUGUUAUCUGAAUCAAUCAUUAUUCAACCUCCUUUCUUAUUAAAAAAGUUGUUAAAAAAGAGACUGUGUAGUGAUUGGUUUUUGAAGUGAGAUUUGGUAAUUUAAAUACAUAUUUUAUAUAAUUUAACAACGGUUUGCAGCCGUUUACUCAACAUGCAGGAAUUGAACACCUAUUUUGUAUAUUUUAAACCAACUUUGAUGAGAUCUUUCAUGUAAUUUUUAAUUUUAUUAAUUUUCUGAAGCUUGAAACAGCUGUAAGAGAUGUUUGUCAAUUUUUAAUUAAUAAUAAUUUAUUAGUUAUCUCUCUCUGGAGGCAGAAAAUAUCCGUUCCUGGGUUACAUGGAGAAAGGAGGUAACUCUUUGUGAAGUAACUUUCAGAAAUUGAUUGUCUCCCUUACGUCCAUUGGUCAAAAAAUUACAAUCUCAUCUAAUAUAUAAAGUAGAGAUGUGUAUGUAUUCGCUUUUCAUGCAUAUCCCUAUCUAUACCUUAUUUGUCUAACUAGCUAACUCUCUAUUGUUUUGCUUUCAUUUUCCAAACACUAUUUUCACUUUAAGUUCAAUUGCUAUUGUUUUCACUGUUAGUUUUCAGUCGUUAUUUACAAACAACAACAGCAAAUUACUGACAGAAAGAAGUUCACAAUUACUGAUGAAAGUAAUUUCAUACAUAAUCAACUGACAGAAAUAACUUCAUAAAUUUCACUUCAAUCUGUACACUUCGUUAAAUUUGCCUACAAAUUUUACUUUUGCAACGUUUUGUGUUUUUCUGUUGUUGAUGGAAUUACUGAUAAAAAUAAGUUCAUAAUUUACUGACAGAAGGAACUUCAAAAAUUUCACUGAAAUCUGUACACUUAGAUUCCCUAAAAAAUUUUUAUUUAUUUUUGCAAUGGUUUUGUGUUUUUCUGUUAUUAAUGGCUAUUUUCUGGUCCCUCUGAUACUGGCUCUUUGGUUCACUAAGUGACAAAUUUCGCUUCAACCUGUACAAUUCUCUUUUUCUGUAAAAAAAUUUUCUUUUUGCCUGUCAUAUUAAGAAAUAUAAUUUUUGUUACCCA